AUGCAAUCUUUUCGCGCGUCUGAUGAGGCCAGAGAGCAGUUUGUUACGGAAAUUCUAGCAAAGUAUCGGGAAUUGUCCGAAGAGCACGCCAACUUGAAGAAUGACUAUUUGAGUGAAAGAGAUAUCAGGAGGAAUUAUCAGAGAACUGUGGAUGAGAAGCAGGCUUUGGUGGGAGAUUACACACGUCAGCUGGUUCGUUACUCGCUUCGCAUCACACUUCUCGAGACCACGCCUGCCUACCGCGGCUUCGCGGAUUUAGCCAACUUCAAGCGUACUCGUUUCGACGACGUCUUCAAGAGCGAGCCCCUCCCUGACUACCAGCCUCCAGUGAAUGGCUUCGGUCAAUUUUCUGUACAGUCGCCGGUACAGGCAGCAGUACAACCACUCCCACGUUCAGUCACCAACAACACCAACACAUCAUCACCUACGUUCACUCCGAGAGCUUCCGUCACGUCUCCUUCGCCUAGCGUAACCCCUGUAUCCGCUGCCGCAGCUGGCGAGUCAAAUGGUGACUCUUGGUGGGCCACCGUUGGCAAAGCCGGUGCUCCUGAAAACGGCAACAUUUCCAUCGCACCUACUGCGGCCGCUACUAAGAAAAACACUAAGAAGAAAUACGCUUAUUACAACAAAGCUGGUCAGAGAUUGGAUGAGCCACUGCCAUCGAAAGAUCCUGCUGCCGCAGCUUCGCUCGAAGCACGCAUGAAGAAAGUUGGUAAGAAGAUGUGUAAUCAUUGGCAUCUUGGUGGCUACUGCGAGAAUGGAAAAUUCUGCAAUUUCCAACACGAGCCGAAGCUUACCCCCGCUGAGCUGAAUGCCUUGCGCUACAAGACGCGCAGCUUGGCUUGCAAGAACAAAGGCUGCGAGAACAUUGACUGUUAUUUGGGUCAUCAAUGUGCUCUUGAGCGCGACCAUGGAUAUUGUUCAUUCCCCGAGAACUGUCACCUUCGUGCUACGCAUGGCAUGGACAAGGUCAAGUACGUCAGAUACGACAAGGACGACAAUGCAGAUUACGCUCCUUAG